CCAGUAAAUUAUGUAUCUGUUGGAGGCAAUGGCAAAGACAGGUCAAGAUGGAUACCAGGGGGCGGCGGAAUAGAUUAAAGGACUUGAAAGAUAUAAAAACCGCCAAGUGUCGGCCAGAGUCUACAGAAAAGACAAGGUUCCCCCGCCUCGCAGCAGCCAUCACCGCCUCCUUCGCCGUCCUGGCAGCAGCCACUCCUCUCGACGUUCGCCAAAGCCAGUGCAACGGCGGCACCACCUAUUGCUGCAACAGUGUGCAAGAUGCCAACUCGUCCGGGGUAACCAGCCUCCUGGGGCUCCUGGGCCUGAGCCUUGGUAGUAUAACCGGCCAAGUUGGCCUCAGCUGUAGUCCCAUCACCGCACUCGGCGUGGGCUCGGGUGCUAGUUGCACAUCACAGGCCGCAUGCUGCACGGGCGACUCAUUCAACGGUCUCAUCAACGUUGGCUGUACCUCUAUUAACCUUUCCCUGUAA